CUAAUUUUAUAAAGACUUUUAUUUUUUUGGCACUUCACAAAUUAUUUUGAACAGAGAGGAAUUGCAACCACUAAGCACUAAAAUUGUUCACUUUGUGUUAAUUAGCUUGCUAUGUAAUUGUUCAAAGUUUAAAUGAUAAUAUAUACAUUGUUUCUCUUCUGCAGGUUUUACCAUCAUGGCCUUGAGUACAUACACAGAGUUGGGAACACUUCAACACCUUAACACUCAGAUUAGUUUCCAACAAAGACACGCAGAGCUAGCAGGAGAGAUCCUAGGCUAUUCCAACAACUUUGAACUUCAAAAAACUCUGCUUCAUCCACUGUAUGACCAAGAAAGUUUCCUAAACCCUGAAGAAUGUUACACCCAUUUGCUUCCAUACUUAUCAUCUUCUUGUGAACCUUUCAUUUCCCUCUCUGAAAUGCUAACACCACCUCAAGAUUUUGAACCCUACUCAUUCCCAAAACGCCAAAGAUGCCAUGAAAAUCAAUUUAGCUUGGAUUUUUCACCAACUUUCUUUGAUGGGCUUGUUCCAAAUCCUUGUAUGGUGGCCGACGUUUUUCCUGAACUCUUCUCUCAACUGCCUGAGUAUGGUAUUCCACAGGUUGAUUGCACUCAAAAUGUUGAGAGUUCAAAGAAAAUGAAUGAAAGAAGUGUGUCGGCACAGAGCAUUGCGGCUCGAGAAAGGAGAAGGAAGAUCACUGAGAAGACUCAAGAGCUAGGGAGGCUGAUUCCGGGUUGCUCUAAAAUGAACACAGCUGAGAUGCUUCAAGCUGCUUCCAAGUAUGUCAAGUACUUGCAGGCACAAGUUGGGAUUCUUGAACUCAUGGGUGCAUUUCAGGAAACAUAUGCAAUCAGUCCCACAGAAAUGCAAGUCAUUCUUGCAUCUCCAAGAGUUCAAGAGAAGCUAUAUUUGGAGGAUAAGUGCUUGGUCCCAAAGGAGCUUUCCAAAUUGUGUGUGAAAGAGCAUGACAUUCUAUCUAAACCUUCAAUUUCUAAUGAUCACAAUCGCCUGGUCAAAUCAGAGGGUUGACAUGAAGGCCAAGCAAGUGAAAAAUAUGUUACUCUUAUGUGAUUUAGUUGUAUAUAGUGUUGCUUUUUGUAAAUAAUUUUCGUGCAAAGUACUUAUCCAUUUCAUCUGAUGGUUAAUAUUUUUCCACCUGAAAGUUUCUCAUCCAAAAAAUUGGUGCAGAAUAUAUGUUUGUUCAGCU